CUCUCUCACUCAGCUGUAUCUUAUGCAACUUAUCGCAGCUGCUAUGAUAAAAAUGGAAGUCAUGAUUAACACGUAGCCGGCGUUCGACGUGUCCUAGCCUCCCAGCUUAGGCAUUGACAGCGAGUUUGAUAAAUUUUGUUGCGCGCCGCUUUAACCAGUAAGUAAUCCGUUGUCCACGCGGUAUCGCGAAUGGUUCGCUCACGCAUGGCGAACGCCACGUCGUCGUGAACAUCAUCAGACCGAUAUAUAUCUAAACGCACGCCCGUGCAGACGCGCAACGCGACAGACCAUGCAUCCGAACAAAUCGUCUUCGUCGUCGUCGUCGUCGUCCGGUACGGCGAACGCAAAAGUCACGUAUUCCGACAAGAGAUCGACGACCAAGCAAAUGAAAACGUCCACGUUGACAAACGCCGCCGGUCUCAGCUCUCUGAUUACCUUCACCGUUCUCCUGCUCGCCUGGAUCUCGGGUUUCGCCGCGCGACUUUUCGCCGUCAUACGGUUCGAGAGUAUCAUACACGAGUUUGAUCCUUGGUUUAACUACAGAGCAACAGCUUAUAUGGUUCAACAUGGAUUCUACAAUUUUCUGAAUUGGUUUGAUGAGCGUGCAUGGUAUCCACUGGGUCGAAUUGUUGGCGGAACUGUUUAUCCUGGACUCAUGAUAACAUCUGGAUCAAUACAUUAUAUACUGCAUUCUCUGAACAUACCAGUGCAUAUAAGAGACAUAUGUGUAUUUUUAGCUCCAAUUUUUAGUGGCCUUACUGCCAUAUCGACCUAUUUGUUAACUAAAGAAAUAUGGAGUGCUGGUGCUGGUUUGUUUGCGGCCUGCUUUAUUGCAAUUGUGCCUGGUUAUAUCUCAAGAUCAGUAGCCGGCAGUUAUGACAAUGAGGGAAUUGCGAUCUUCGCGUUGCAAAUUACCUACUAUCUUUGGGUUAAAUCAGUCAAAACUGGUUCCAUCUUUUGGGCAAGUGUAACUGCCCUGUCCUACUUCUACAUGGUAUCCGCUUGGGGAGGUUAUGUGUUCAUAAUUAAUUUAAUUCCACUUCAUGUAUUUGCCCUGUUGGUCAUGAACCGCUUUAGUAAUCGAUUGUUUACCAGUUACACUACGUUUUAUGUUCUUGGACUUUUACUGAGUAUGCAAAUACCAUUUGUUGGCUUUCAACCGAUCAGGACUUCUGAGCAUAUGGCAGCAGGCGGUGUAUUUGGUCUUCUAAUUUUUGUAGCAGCUCUUAGAUACUUAAGAACUGUACUUACCAAGUCCGAGAUGAAAUAUUUCGGGAGUGUAGUAGCUGUAACCGCGACUAUACUUCUGUUCGUUUUGAUCGCGUUAACAUAUGCCGGUGUUGUCGCUCCUUGGAGUGGUAGAUUUUACUCGCUAUGGGAUACCGGCUACGCCAAAAUACAUAUUCCUAUAAUAGCAUCUGUAUCGGAACAUCAACCCACGACUUGGUUCAGCUUUUUCUUUGACUUACACAUUCUCGUUACAACAUUUCCCGUUGGUCUUUGGUACUGUAUUAAGCAUGUCAAUGAUGAACGUGUGUUUGUUAUAUUGUAUUCCAUAAGUGCCGUUUACUUCGCUGGUGUGAUGGUAAGACUUAUGUUGACACUGACUCCGGUAGUGUGUAUGCUAGCCGGCGUUGCCAUCAGCAGACUCGUAGAAUUGUAUCUUAAGGAAGAAGACAGGGAGGGAAAUGAUCGCAACGGUAGCGAGACUGAUGAGAGUGAAGAAGAAAGAGAAAGAAGCCCCGGUAGAGCAUUAUACGACAAAGCUGGUAAACUUCGUAGAAUGAAGCAUGAAAGAACAAAGAAUAAUGGUGACGGAUUGGGUGCGAAUCUUCGCAACAUCGUCGUUAUCGCCAUGCUUAUGUUGUUGAUGAUGUUUACCGUACACUGCACGUGGGUGACCAGCAAUGCCUACUCUAGCCCGUCUAUAGUUCUGGCAUCCUACAGCAACGAUGGUGGAAGAGCAAUACUUGACGAUUUUCGGGAGGCUUAUUAUUGGUUGGCUCAGAACACACCCAAUGACGCUAGAGUUAUGAGUUGGUGGGAUUACGGGUACCAGAUUGCCGGUAUGGCUAACAGAACUACGCUCGUGGACAAUAAUACAUGGAAUAAUUCGCAUAUAGCUCUGGUCGGCAAGGCUAUGAGCUCGAACGAAAGUGCGGCUUACGAGAUUAUGACGUCUCUGGAUGUCGAUUAUGUGUUGAUCAUAUUUGGCGGAAUGAUCGGCUACUCCGGCGACGAUAUCAAUAAAUUUUUAUGGAUGGUCCGAAUUGCCGAGGGUGAACAUCCGCAGGAUAUUCGCGAGAGUGAUUACUUCACCGAGAAAGGAGAAUUUCGCGUGGACGCCGAAGGUUCCCCGACUUUGCUGAACUCGCUGAUGUACAAGCUGAGUUAUUAUCGAUUCGGAGACGUUAAAAUAGACUAUCGAACGCCUUACGGUUACGACCGUACUCGUAACGCGGAAAUAGGCAAUAAAAACUUUCAGCUAACAUAUCUGGAAGAAGCUUAUACCACUGAGCAUUGGCUUGUCAGGAUUUACAGGGUGAAGAAACCGGUAGAGUUCAAUAGACCAAGAAUUCCGAUCUCCGAGCGGAUUAUAACUCGUCGCGCAAAUUCCUACAUUAGUAAAAAGACCGCACGGCGUAAACGAGGUUUCAUAAAAGGCCGGCCAGUUGUUAUUAAAGGACAGAAACCUCAACGACGAACAACGUAACGAAGAUCCAGUGACUAUUUCAUAACAAUUUGCAAAUACAACUUUUGUAAUAAAAGAAUUACCGUCCCUUGGGUCUACCACGAACUAUUUACCUCGAACUAAGAAUUUAUCGUCAAAACGGUUCAAACUGAAGAAUUAGAAUAUUCCAAGAAGAUAGUUUUCAACAUUCAAGGCAAAUUAAACAAACAAGUGACAGUUUUUCUAUUAUAUUUUGCUAAUUCUGUUUUGUAAUGUUGGCUUAUUGUGUUUUAUUUCAAUAAUUGAUAUAAAUUGCCAAUACUUUUUACUGCAUAAUUUUACAUCACUUGUUAUGGCAUUUCGCAACAUUACUGCAAAUACGUAUUUUCAAUAGUCAGUCAUUAUAUUGUGCAUAUUUAUAUAAACAUGUUUAUUUUAGAAAGAAUCACAAAUGUACUAUAUAUUUUGUUUUCAAAUGUGUUACAUGUUUUUUGUUUCAGUACUUUCUAGAAAUGAAUUACUUUCUCAUUAAUUAUUUGCUUUAAGAAUCAAUUGCAUUUAGCAAUUAAAUAAUUGUAAAAGACUUUCAAAUUUAUUUGUUAUCCACUUAGGGAUUUGUUCUGUAAGUCUCUGUAAGUUGAGACUGUAAAAAGCAACCUGUAGAGUGUUACAUUUAUGUUGUGUAGUGUGUUCAAUGCACAUGAUAUUGCGUACGGACGGAACUUUUCGAUAAACAAAGUUCUGCACCAAUUUUCAGCAGAAACAUUGGGAUUAUGAAGUAUGUGUCAAGUGUACACAGUUUGUUGUAUAGCACCUUGUUGAAAGAUAAACAUUUGUGAUAA